CCACCGCCUUUGAUUGGUCGUCUCCAGGCUCUCCUUAAGCACCGCCACAGAUCACCAUCCACGUGUGGCUUGUUGAGUUGGCGGGGGGAUAGUCCUAACAGUCGCGUGUGCAUCGCUUGCAGCCAGACGCGACAGGUUUCGCCGCAAAAGACCACCAAGUCGCAUGUGAGGACUGACUGAUUCUGCCAUUCCUGACCCAACAGAGAGACAUCGCUCGUCGAUAUACCUACCACAAAUAAGCCGUCAUGUCUUACUACGACAUUGACGCCAUUUUGACAGACGCAGAGAAAGUCCCCUGCAAAUUCGAACUCGAUGUUCCCGACCUAGGAUACCUCGACAACAACCCCUCCCACGCCCUAAAAGCAGGAACGCAGAUCACGUUGCCGCUCUGGCUCGCCGAGAUGCUCGCCCUCGCCAACACGGGCACUGCCGAGGACUCGAAAGCACCGGUGACGCUGAACCUGCCUCCCGCACUGUCACAACAAGUCGUCCAAGCCUUGAAAGCCGAUCCGCGGGCUGUUCCGGUCAGGGACCAGAGCGCCCACUUCUACGGCCUCGGUACGCGCAUCCUGGACCUGUUCGACGAGCGAGAGCUCAGCGAGGUCAUGCGAAAGACCUUUGUGGCACGGGCUUCCGAGAUUGCUUUGCACGCCCGGAAAGGAACCGACGACGGCAUCGGCGGCUCCAACGAGGAUUUCCUCCGCGGCCUGGACGAGUGGGAGCGCGGCCUCUUCCGCAAGGCACACGACGGCACUAAGGCGUCCAAGGAGUGGAUGGACAAAGUCAAGAAGCACUGAUCGAAGACAUGCUCAUUUCAAUACACUAUCCAGUGCAAAUCUCGCGGAAGGGUGUGCCAGGAUGCAGCACGGAUCCGGUCGCUCUACAUCGCCAACACAGGGGUCAGGUUGAGCAAGUCUAUCGCACUCUGACUUGACCGACGGCAGGCACAUGUCGCGAACAACUUACCGUAUGCCGUCACUACAGCAUAGCUGAUGAUAGACACGCUGAACCCACUGCCGCGCGCCCCCGAUGCCGCAAUCCAGACGGGGUCGGCUCAAGCCCGGAGACCGAGUUGACUUGGCCCGGUUUGGUCAGCAAGAAGGUUGUGCACACGACUGCCCUGCGCUAUUGCCAACAAGGACAGCUAUUCUGGAAUAGAUGUCAACGCCUGAGCAAAAGCGAGCUUGCUUGGGGUAGGCCGAGCGUGAGGUGGAGGAUGGUGGACUGGUGAGGGGGGGCGAGAAUACAACCUCGCGCGCUCGGUCUUACAGGAAUAAAGCCGAAGUAGCACGUUCCAAUAACCAACAAGUAAACCCCGCGGAUGGCGAAAACCUACGGGCCUUAUCGGAUCAUUGACUUGAUGGGAUCUCUUUCUCCUAUCAUGUCCGACUCCCAACGGUUAAACGCAUGAGAUACUGGCCAAAUACGCAUGUCAUUGUAUUACCUCCAUCCGAUAAAUAGGCUUAUCAAGGCGGGGCAAUUUGACGAGAUAACAAAUCGCUGGUCGUCGGCGGCUUCCGACCCUCCACAACACAUCGCCGCCA